UUAUUAAAAUAUUAAAAUCUGAAAAAAAGUUUAACCGUAGCGAGACGCACAUGCACCCAAGACAAGCACCGAAGAUGGCUUGACGCCCGAAUCCAGACCCUCGUCUGUUAUGGCGGCGGCGGAGGCGGCGCCACCGCCGAUACUCGAGCUGGACCCGUCGCACGAUCGAGCCGUCAGCGUUGUCGAGGACAUCGUGCGUCUAGAGCGGAGGAUCUUUCCGAAGCACGAAUCGCUGGCGCGGUCCCUGCACGACGAGCUAAAGCGGCGGAACUCCGGGCUGAUCUACAAGACGUCCAGCGCCGACGAGGGGGAGGUCAUCGGGUAUGCCAUGUACACCUGCAACACAUCCCUCUGCGCCACCAUCACCAAGCUCGCCGUGAAGGAGAACUGCAGGCGGCAGGGCCACGGCGAGGCGCUGCUGGCGGGCGCAGUGGAGCGGUGCCGGCGGCGGAAGGUCCAGCGGCUCUCCCUCCACGUCGACCCCACGAGGACGGCUGCCGUGGCGCUGUACCGCAAGGCCGGGUUCCAGGUCGACACCACCGUCGAGGGCUACUACGCGCCUCACAGGGACGCCUACCGGAUGUUCUUGGAUCUGUAGUAGAACCGUCGAGGACGAGAAAACCAGCCCAUGUGUUCCGGCAGCUGCUGCCGGCUUGUAGCUGGUCUGGUCUGGUGAUACAAUACCUCGUGAGUAGGAUACAGCCAACAGCCGAGCAGGGUGGAUGAUUCGAAGCUGUAAGAACGAUCUGCUAGAAAGUUUUCAUACCACCAAGGUAAUUCCCGCUGGAUUCUGAAAAUAAUGUUUCCGUAUUAUAUGAGCAUAAGGUUUCAGUAACUGCAACUGUAGUUAGGAUAUCACUUUGGCUGUAUGGUAGUAAUUCAGUUCAUAGAUGCUGCCACAUCAGUUCCUCCUCCAUUGUCAAGGUAGCUCGGCAAGAAUUUGGUGGACAAUUUUGACCUUAUGGUAACUAAGAGAUGUUUACUGAUAGUAGCUGGCUAACGCCACUGACACAGAGAAAAUCGAAAGCCCAAUCUGAUUCAGCAUCGAUUCAAGUACCCCUUAGGCAAUGCUGAUUCACAGCAGGAGGGAGCAAACCAAUCCCGCAAGUGUGCCUGGCCCAUCGGAAGGCCGAUGCGCUGGAGUCUCGGAGAACACCCAGCGGGCAGUGCCUAUGCAAGGCCGGCGGCGGCGACGGCGGGUCAGCUCACAGGAAGAUUGCUCGGGACGGACGGAGAGGGAGGCUUUGCGUCAAGGAAGAAGUCGUUGGUGGUACUCAUUACCCAGUGGUCAUGUUCAAACUCUUAUCCACCUUUUUUUUUUGAAAGGGGUCUUAUCCACCUCAUUUAGGCUUUGUUCGGUUAGCUCUCAAUCCAUGUGGAUUGAGCGAGAUUGGAUGGAUUUGAAUCUCAAAUAAGUCAAACUUCUUCUCAA